CAGAAGAAAUAAAGCUAUUGCGUUAAUUAAUAUUGGAAGGAUAAUUUGAAGAAACAUUAGUAUAUUUAAAUCCUUUUUAUGAUAAAUUUGGAUAAAAAAUAAAUUAAGUGUUGUAUGAAAUAAAUAAAUAAUUUUAUUUAGAAUAAUUAGAAAUUGAUCCUGAACAAGACAAAAUAGUCUAAUUAUUAAAAAUAAUAAAAUAACUAACUACAAACGAUAAUUAUAAUUAUUUAUUUUAUCUUUUAAGCCUUCCAAAUUUAAAAGACCAUUCUGACUUUGCAAAUUGGUCACCAGAAAGUGGUAGAUUAGAAUGCUUUGAAAAAGUUAAAAAUUGUUUAUAGGCAUUUUAUCCAGUAGAGUUGAAUUAAAUUGAAGCUUAAAACAGCUUGUAUAUGCUAAUUGAAAGACUAGCUGCCAUAAUUCUCGACACAUAGCCUAUAAGGACCGCAUCUUUUAAUUAAACUGGAGAAUAUUUCGUAUUAGGAACUAACUCUCGUUCUAUAAAGGCAUAUUCAAUAGAUGAUAUAUUCAAUAACUAUAAAUAAGAUUAACCUCCUUAAGUGUUAUGGGAAAAAUAAAAUCAUCAUCCUGGUUCUAUAUAUACUAUAGAUUGGAGUAAAAACGGAGAACUUAUAAGCACAGGAUCUAAUGAUUUUGAAAUAAAAGUAAUAAAAGCGCCUAAAUAUCCUUUUCAAAAUAUUGACUUUUGCACAUAAAAAUUAAUCGGCCCUAAAGGCAUUGUUAGAAAAUUAAAGUUUUUACCAUGUUCAACCAAAUUAAUGUCAGCAGGAAGUGCAAACACAGAUAUUUUAUAUUGGGAUAUAUAAAAAUCAAGUCUUUUGACUUAAUUCAAAGGCCACUAAGAAGCCAUAAAUUCAUUCGAUGUAUUUUUUAUAUUAUUUUAUUUAAAAAUAAAAAAAAGAUUGAUUUUAAUGGUAAUACUAUUAUUUCUGUAAGCAAAGAUAGUUGUAUUAAUAUAUGGGAUAUUUAAAGUUAAAAAGCAAUAAAUAAGAUUAAUAUUAAUAGUUAAAAAUUCGGAAGUUUAAAUUAUAUUUCUAUUUAAAAAAAUGGGUCAUUGUCUUCUGUAGGGCAUACUAAUGGCCUUAUUACUGUUUGGGAUUUAAGAAAUACAGAAAAACAUUUACAAAGCAUUAAUGUUCAUUCAAAUGAAUGUAGAUCUUGUGAAUUUGAUAAUACUGGAAAGUAUAUAAUCAGUAGUUCAUUUGAUAAAACUAUUUGUAUUUAUAAUUUAGAUGAAAGCAGGUUAGAAAAUUGUAUUAAAAAUCAUACAGAUAGAGUUGUUUUAAGUACUUUUCAUCCUAAUAAUUAACUGA